CGUGCCUGACCCGCGGCCUCUCAGUCCCGGCUCCUCGUAGGCGAUGCGGAGGCCGAGACUGUGACUGACACUCUCGCUCACACGCACGCACGGACCCAGACCCACGCCGGGAGCCUGAGGCUGGGGCCCACAACCGCUCUUUCACCCGGCACCCCAGCCAGAUCCCGGACCACGGCUUCAGUGCCGCCGCCGCCGUCUCGCCGAGAAGGGUCGCGCCGGACCUCUAGCGCAGCGGCCCCCGGCUGGCAAGGAUGGGGAAGCGGGCCGGAGGAGGAACAGCAGCCGCCGCCGCCGCCGCCUCCACGUCCGCUGGGGCCGGGCUGGAGCCCGCAGCCGGCCGCGGCGGGGGCCCGUGGAGCGCGGCCGCCAGCCUCCUGGGAGCGCUGCACCUGGUGAUGACCCUCGUGGUGGCCGCGGCGCGGGCGGAGAAGGAAGCAUUCAUUCAAUCGGAGAGCAUAAUAGAGGUCCUGCGUUUUGAUGAUGGAGGGCUACUACAGACUGAGACAACACUUGGACUCAGUUCAUAUCAACAGAAAAGUAUAUCUCUGUACCGGGGUAAUUGCAGGCCCAUACGAUUUGAGCCACCAAUGCUGGAUUUCCACGAACAGCCAGUUGGAAUGCCAAAAAUGGAAAAAGUCUACUUACAUAAUCCUAGUUCUGAAGAAACUAUUACUUUAGUAUCAAUAUCUGCUACAACAUCACAUUUUCAUGCAUCAUUUUUUCAAAAUAGGAAAAUUCUUCCAGGAGGAAAUACAUCAUUUGAUGUAGUUUUUCUUGCAAGAGUAGUAGGAAAUGUAGAAAAUACUUUAUUUAUUAACACAUCUAAUCAUGGGGUAUUUACUUACCAGGUAUUUGGUGUUGGGGUUCCAAAUCCUUAUCGAUUGAGGCCAUUCCUUGGAGCCAGAGUCCCUGUGAAUAGCAGUUUCUCACCCAUAAUAAACAUACACAACCCUCACAGUGAGCCUUUACAGGUUGUAGAAAUGUACUCCAGUGGAGGAGACCUUCACCUCGAGCUCCCAACAGGUCAGCAAGGAGGUACCAGAAAACUGUGGGAAAUCCCUCCUUAUGAAACUAAAGGAGUGAUGAGAGCCAGUUUUUCCUCCAGAGAAGCAGAUAAUCAUACAGCCUUCAUCAGAAUAAAGACCAAUGCAUCAGACAGCACAGAAUUCAUCAUUCUUCCUGUUGAGGUUGAAGUCACAACAGCUCCUGGAAUUUAUUCCUCAACCGAAAUGUUAGAUUUUGGUACACUACGAACACAAGACCUACCAAAAGUUUUAAAUCUUCAUUUAUUAAAUUCAGGAACAAAAGAUGUACCAAUAACAAGUGUUCGACCUACACCACAAAAUGAUGCUAUAACGGUACAUUUUAAACCAAUUACAUUAAAAGCUUCUGAAAGUAAAUACACCAAGGUUGCAAGCAUUAGUUUUGAUGCUUCGAGGGCAAAAAAGCCAUCUCAGUUUUCUGGGAAAAUAACUGUUAAAGCAAAGGAAAAGACUUACUCUAAACUUGAAAUACCGUAUCAAGCAGAAGUCUUAGAUGGUUAUUUGGGAUUUGAUCAUGCUGCAACAUUAUUUCACAUCCGAGACAGUCCUGCUGAUCCUGUGGAGAGGCCAAUUUACCUUACUAACACUUUCAGUUUUGCGAUCCUCAUUCAUGAUGUGUUGCUACCAGAAGAGGCCAAAACAAUGUUUAAAGUUCACAACUUCAGCAAACCAGUCUUAAUUCUUCCUAAUGAAUCAGGAUACAUUUUUACCCUGUUUUUUAUGCCAUCCACAUCAUCCAUGCACAUAGAUAACAACAUUUUACUUAUUACCAAUGCUUCUAAAUUUCACUUACCAGUACGGGUGUACACAGGCUUUUUAGAUUACUUUGUGUUACCUCCCAAAAUAGAAGAACGUUUCAUAGAUUUUGGAGUACUGAGUGCUACAGAAGCAAGUAACAUUUUAUUUGCGAUUAUAAACAGCAAUCCAAUUGAGUUGGCUAUAAAAAGUUGGCAUAUCAUAGGAGAUGGUUUAUCAAUAGAACUUAUAGCUACAGAAAGAGGCAAUAGAACUACAAUAAUUUCAAGCCUUCCAGAGUUGGAAAAAUCUUCCUUAUCCGACCAGUCAUCAGUAAUACUAGCAUCAGGAUAUUUUGCAGUAUUUAGAGUCAAACUUAAUGCAAAAAAACUAGAAGGGAUUCAUGAUGGAGCCAUACAGAUCACCACAGACUAUGAGAUCCUAACUAUUCCUGUGAAGGCUGUGAUUGCAGUGGGCUCUCUAACCUGUUUCCCUAAGCAUAUGGUUCUUCCCUCUGCUUUUCCAGGGAAAAUAGUUCAUCAAAGUUUAAAUAUUAUGAAUUCCUUCUCACAGAAGGUAAAGAUACAGCAAAUAAAAUCUUUAUCAGAAGAUGUGCGAUUUUACUACAAACGAUUACGGGGUAAUAGAGAAGACUUGGAACCAGGAAAAAAGUCAAAGAUUGCAAAUAUUUAUUUUGAUCCUGGGCUACAGUGUGGGGAUCAUUGCUAUAUUGGUUUGCCAUUUCUAUCCAAAACUGAACCCAAAGUACAGCCCGGGGUGGCUAUGCAGGAAGAUAUGUGGGAGGCUGACUGGGAUUCUCAUCAAAGCUUAUUCAAAGCAUGGAUGGCAAUAAAGGAAAAUUCAGGUCAUAGGUUGAGUGCUAUAUUUGAAGUAAAUACAGACCUUCAAAAAAAUAUAGUAUCAAAAAUCACUGCCGAGCUAUCCUGGCCUUCCAUUCUUGACUCAUCCCGGUUCUUGAAGUUCCCACUCACUAAUACAAACUGCUCUUCAGAAGAAGAGAUUACCUUAGAAAACCCUGCAGAUGUUCCUGUCUAUGUUCAGUUUAUUCCUCUGGCUUUAUAUUCCAACCCUUCAGUCUUUGUAGAUAAGUUAGUCUCAAGGUUUAACUUGAGUAAGGUGGCAAAGAUAGAUUUGAGAACACUAGAAUUCCAAGUCUACAGAAACACUGCUCAUCCACUGCAAAGUUCAACAGGAUUUACAGAGGGCCUCUCUCGACAUUUAAUUUUAAACCUAAUUUUAAAGCCUGGAGAAAAGAAAUCUGUCAAAGUAAAGUUUACUCCAAUUCACAACAGAACUGUUUCUUCACUAAUCAUAGUCAGAAAUAACUUGACAGUGAUGGAUGCUGUGAUGGUCCAAGGACAAGGAACAACUGAAAAUUUGCGGGUGGCAGGCAAGCUUCCGGGUCCAGGAAGUUCUUUGCGCUUCAAAAUCACAGAAGCAUUGUUAAAAGAUUGUAUAGACAGUUUGAAACUAAGAGAACCAAAUUUCACAUUGAAAAGAACAUUUAAAGUAGAAAAUACAGGACAGCUUCAGAUUCACAUAGAAACCAUUGAAAUCAGUGGAUACCCCUGUGAAGGAUAUGGCUUUAAAGUAGUUAAUUGUCAAGAGUUUUCAUUAAGUGCCAAUGCCUCUAGAGAUAUAAUUAUACUAUUUACUCCUGAUUUCACUGCCUCCAGAGUUAUUCGUGAGCUGAAGUUUGUAACAAGCAGUGGUUCUGAGUUUGUAUUUAUAUUGAACGCAUCCCUUCCAUACCACAUGUUAGCAACCUGUGCAGAAGCACUGCCCAGACCCAGCUGGGAACUUGCUCUGUAUAUCAUCAUCUCAGGAAUAAUGAGUGCACUGUUUCUCUUGGUCAUUGGAACGGCGUAUUUGGAAGCUCAAGGAAUUUGGGAACCAUUUCGAAGGCGACUAUCCUUUGAGGCCUCAAACCCAACCUUUGAUGUGGGAAGGCCUUUUGAUCUCAGGAGAAUUGUUGGUAUAUCAUCUGAAGGAAACUUGAACACACUCAGCUGUGAUGCCAGCCAUAGUAGAGGAUUCUGUGGAGCAGGUGGCUCAUCAUCCCGAUCUGGUACAGGGAGUCACAAGCAAUGUGGCCCAUCAGUCCACCCACAUAGCAGCCACAGCAAUAGAAACUCAGCUGACGUGGAAAACAUCAAGGCCAAAAACAGUUCAAGUACCUCGAGCAGGACUUCUCAAACAGCCUCCUCACAGUCUGCAAGCAAAACAAACUCCCUUGUUUUAGAAGCAAAUACAGCUUCCCAAGGUCAUGUAUCAGGCAAAAAGUCCAAAGGGGCAAAACAGAACCAACACAGCAGCCAGCAUCAUAGCCACAGUCCUCUGGAGCAACACUCUCAGCCUCCACCUCCACCACCACCACCAGUGCCUCAGCACCAAGAACCACAGCCUGAAAGGCUGUCUCCAGCCCCUCUUGCACACUCUUCCCACCCAGAACGUGCCAGCAGCACAAGGCAUAGCUCAGAGGACUCAGACAUCACCAGUCUUAUAGAAGCCAUGGACAAAGACUUUGACCACCAUGACUCCCCAUCCCUAGAAGUGUUUACAGAGCAGCCUCCAUCACCAUUGUCAAAAAGCAAAGGGAAAGGAAAACCUCUUCAGCGUAAGGUUAAACCACCGAAGAAGCAAGAGGACAAAGAGAAGAGAGGAAAGGGAAAGCCUCAGGAGGAUGAGCUAAAGGACUCCCUCGCUGACGAUGACAGCUCCUCCACCACCACAGAGACCUCCAACCCCGACACAGAACCACUUCUCAAGGAGGAUAUAGAAAAGCAAAAAGGAAAACAAGCCAUGCCUGAAAAACAUGAAAAUGAAAUAUCACAAGUGAAGCAAAAAAGCAAAAAACUGUUAAAUGUUAAGAAAGAAAUCCUGACAGAUGUGAAAUCCAGUUCUUUAGAACUAUCAUAUACUCCAUCAUUGGAAAGUAAACAACGUAGAAAUCUCCCAACCAAGAUUCCUCUUCCAACUGCUUUGACAAGUGGAUCCAAACCACGAAAUUCCCAGAAGACAAAAGGUACAAGUAAGCUAAUAGAUAACAGACCACCAGCCCUGGCAAAAUUUCUUCCGAACAGUCAAGAACUAGGCAACACCAGUAGUUCAGAGGGUGAAAAAGACUCUCCUCCACCAGAGUGGGAUGCUGUACCAGUUCACAAGCCCGGCAGUUCUACUGACAGUCUUUAUAAACUUUCUCUGCAAACCCUCAACGCAGACAUUUUCUUAAAACAACGCCAGACCUCACCAACACCUGCCUCUCCAUCUUCCCCCGCUGCCCCUUGCCUGUUCACAUCCCGGGGCAGCUACAGCAGCAUCGUCAACAACAGCUCAAACAGUGACCCAAAAACAAAGCAGCCUAACGGAAGCAAAAGCAAAUUGACAAAAGCAGCCUCACUCCCAGGUAAAAAUGGCAACCCGACCUUUGCUGCAGUCACAGCUGGCUAUGACAAAAGCCCAGGUGGGAAUGGCUUUGCUAAACUUUCUUCAAACAAAACAGACUUUUCCAGCAGCCUUGGCAUUUCACACAUUCCUCUUGACAGUGACGGCUCAGACAGCUCGGGUUUAUGGAGUCCUGUCAGCAAUCCAAGCAGCCCUGAUUUCACCCCUCUCAAUUCAUUCUCGGCCUUUGGAAAUUCUUUUAAUCUUACCGGUGAAGUUUUCAGCAAGCUUGGUUUAUCUCGAUCCUGCAAUCAGGCCUCACAGAGAAGCUGGAAUGAGUUUAACAGUGGCCCUUCAUAUCUUUGGGACUCUCCAGCAACAGAUCCCAGCCCUUCCUGGCCAGCAACUGCUAGCUCCCAAACCCACUCAGCCUCUUCAAUCCUUGGCAAUACCAGUGGCUUGUGGUCCUCCACUCCAUUCAGCAGCUCAAUCUGGUCCAGUAACCUCAACAGUGCCCUUCCUUUCACCACUCCAGCAAACACACUGUCAGGCAUCAGCCUCAUGGGCACAGAAAACUCACCCGCUACCCAUGCUCCUUCCACUUCCAGUCCAUCCGACGACUUGGGACAGACCUACAACCCCUGGCGGAUAUGGAGCCCUACAAUUGGAAGAAGAAGCUCUGACCCUUGGUCUAAUUCACACUUCCCUCAUGAGAAUUGAACUUGAAAUUAGGCAAAAACAAACAAAAGUAAGGGCCCCUCAUCUAGAUCAUGAUAUGCCAGUUUUUGAGACAUCUUUUUAAGGCUCUUACUGCUGUUGCUUCCCACUCCCCACCCUCCUCAUCUUUGCAAAACAGACUUCAGCAGGGCAGGCUUAUUCCACUCGCUUCUUUCAGAUCUUUCUUGCAAUUAUGAUACUAUGAGAUUUGCUGUUGUGCUUGUAGAGAAGUCUCGACUCAGCCACAGACCACUGAGAAGUGUCCAUCUGAAAACGUUAACUGCUUCCCAGUUCUCCCCACUUGUCUUCUCCCAUGCUUUCUUUAUAAACUGUAUGAACACAAGUUUGGCAUUACAGCUAAGGGAGUAAGUUGAAUUGAUUCAGAAGUCCUGGCAUGUGACAAUUUUACUAAAUUACCAAGUUUGUUUUUUAAUAAUUUCACAAUAUUAUGCGCCAAGAUCUAAUUUUAAAAAUGUAUGAGGACUUUGUGCUGAAAAUAGAGUAUUUUUUUAAAGUAAGACUGUCUUGGCUUAAAAGCAGAUUACAGAAAUGUAAGUCAACUUAAGAACAAUGGAUGAAUGUAAAAACAUUCAGUUGAGACCAUAUGCAUUUUCUGUGCUGUUUGUACUUGAGGUAUGUAAGAUUUGUAUACCUGAAUUUAUUUUAAAGAUAAACUGAAAUGCACAUAGCCAAGUCUUGAUACAAGAUUGAAUGUGUAUUUCUUAAAAAUACAACUUUGUGUUGUACUUUGAAAUAAAUGAUGCUUUUUUCAAAAGCCUUGAA